AUAUUGAUGGACUCGCCUCUGAAUUUGGCCCAUCAACAGGGAAGAAAAGCAGACCAGUUACUACAUAGCAAGAGAUAUGAAGAUUCCAUGUUUUGUCAUCGCAGAGCAGCAGAAUACCUUCUGCAAGCCCUGCAGCUUUCUCCUUCUAAGUAUGCACAAGAGUCCAUUCAACUUCAACAUCAGUUCCAUCUUAAACAACAGGAAGCCAUCCAGGACAAGAUCAACAGGGUAGAGAAGAUAAACAACAAGUUAGCAAACAAAGGGUCAGAGGUGAGGAACCAGUCAACUCAGACGGAGGCUAAACUGGUGUUCAGCCCCAACCACUUUCUAGAGGAUUAUGACUCCCAAGAAUCUAAUGACAGGAUCAUGCAGGCCCUGGUUGGGACUGAUUCUCUUGUUGGACAUUUACUGCUGAAAAACAAGUUUAUAAAUGACAAUGAUGAAGGAAAGGGUCUCAAUGUAGGUUACAAUGCUUCUCAGGAAAACAUAACACUAACCAAGACAAUGAGUGAUACUGACUAUGAGUCUGUGAUCAAUUGUCUCCUUCAAGAAAAGAUUGAACUGAGAAAGGAAGUUGCACAGUUAGAAAAAGAACUGGAUAAUUCCAAGAAAGACAAUAGAUAUCUUACUGAUAGAGUUUUUAAGUCAAAGGAGACUAAAAGACAUUCCUAUUCAGGUGAGGAACAUGGAGGAAUCGCUAUUCCAGACAUGGAGCUUCCUCCCCUGGAAAUGCCACAGUUUGAUUUUGAUUCCCUACAGGUUUCCACAUGUGAAAAAAGCUCUGGGGGGAGUAUAUUCUCUACCUAGUAUUGACUUCCCUCCAUAAAAAAAUGAACAAGCAAUUGUGAUCCUAAAAGUUAUCUAAUACUUAAAUUUGGUGCAAAGGAGACUAAAAGACAUUUCUAUUCAGGUGAGGAACGUGGAAAAAUUGUCAUUCCAGACAUGGAACUGUCUUUCCUGGAAAUACUACAGUUUUAUUUUGAUUCCCUAAAGUUUCCACAUGUGAAAGAAAGGUCCAGAGGGAGUAUAUUCUCUACCUAGUAUUGACUUCCCUUCCAAAAAAAAAAACUAAGCAAUUGUGAUCCUUAAAGUUACUCAUCUAAUAUUUAGGUUUGGAGUAAAGAAGAGAGACAUUGAUGAUGUAUUUGUUGAUUUUUUUAUAUGUUUUAUUAUUACUUACAAACAACUAAUAUUAUUUACAUAUAUGUAUUUUUUUAAUUGUUAAAUUAUAUCCAUGCUAAGUUAAUGUUAUGAUUCAAUCCAGAUUUAUUUUUUACCA